CCCUGUCAGCAUGGCCGCCUCCCUGGCACUGCCCGGCGCCCUCCUGGCCGCGCUCCUGGCGCUGGCGUCGCCGUUGCUGACCCCCGUGCGCCAGGCCGGCGUCUGCGCCUUCUACGGCGAGUGCGGGCGCAACCCCGAGAUCAACAUGUCGCUGGUGCCCUCCAAGGUGCCCUGCCUGUCCAACACGCCGGCGCGGGUGGCACGGGGCGCGCUGCUGUCCCUGCUGCGCGUCGUGUGCCCCGAGCUGGCACGGGGGGACAACGAGACCACGCGGGUGUGCUGCAGCUACGGGCAGCUGAGCGCGCUGCGCCUCAGCGUGGGGCUCUCGGGCACCGUGCUGGCGCGGUGCCCGGCCUGCGCCCGCAACUUCGCCAACCUCUACUGCCACAACAUCUGCAGCCCCGACCAGAGCCUCUUCACCAACGUCACCCGCGUGGCCAACUACACGGUGGUGCCUGGCGCCCACGCCGUGCUGGAGUACCAGCUCUUCUACCGCCGCCGCUACGCCGAGGCCGCCUUCGCCUCGUGCCAGGGCGUGCGGCUGCCCGCCACGGGCGGCUAUGCCAUCUCCACCAUGUGCGGGCGCUACGGCGCCCAGCUGUGCACGGCCCAGCGCUGGCUGGACUACCAGGGCGACAAGAACAACGGGCUGGCGCCGCUGCAGAUCGACUUCCAGCUGCUGCCCAACGGCUCCGAGCCCGGCCAGGGCAUCGUCCCGCUGGACGCGCCCGCCUGGCGCUGCGACCAAGCGCCCAGCGCCGACCAGGAGCCGUGCUCGUGCCAGGACUGCGCCCAGGCCUGCCCGCCCGUGGCGCCGCCCGCACGCUGGGGCACGGUGGUGGCCGCGUGGCCGGUGGCCGUGCUGGCGGUGGCCGUGGCGGUGGCCGGGGGGCUCUCGGCCGGGCUGGUGACCCUGCAGCUGACCACGGACCCCGUGGAGCUGUGGUCGGCGCCGGGCAGCCGUGCCAGGCAGGAGAAGGAGUUCCACGACCGCCACUUCGGGCCCUUCCUGCGCACCAACCAGGUGAUCGUGACGGCGCCGGGGCGCGCCGGCCUCACCUACGACUCGGUGGUGCUGGGCACCAAGAACUUCAGCGGGGUGCUGGCGCAGGACGUGCUGCUGGCGCUGCUGGAGCUGCAGGAGACGCUGGCGGGCACCACGGCGUGGGCGGCGGGCGCGGGCAGGAACGUCAGCCUGCAGGACGUGUGCUACGCGCCGCUGAACCCCGCGGCGCCCGGCGUGGGCGACUGCGCCGUCAACAGCGUCACGCAGUACUUCCAGAACAACCGCAGCCGCCUGGCGCUCAGCGCCUGGCAGGACGGCAAGCAGCAGGGCACCGUGGACUGGCACGACCACCUCAUCUACUGCGUCAACUCCCCGCUCUCCUUCAAGGACAUCACGGCGCUGGAGCUGAGCUGCAUGGCCGAGUAUGGCGGGCCCGUGUUCCCCUACAUCGCCCUGGGCGGCUACCGCGAGUCGGAGUACACGGAGGCCGAGGCGCUGAUCGUCACCUACUCGCUGAACAACUUCCCCGCGGGGGACCCGCGCCUCGAGUGGGCGCUGAGCUGGGAGCGGCAGUUCCUGCGCGUGGUGCGCGACUUCCAGCGCCGCCACCGCCACAACCUCUCGGUCACCUUCAUGGCCGAGCGCUCUCUGGAGGACGAGAUCAACCGCACGAGCGGGGAGGACCUGCCGGUGUUCGCCACCAGCUACCUGCUGGUGUUCGCCUACAUCGCGCUGGCCCUGGGCGAGUACACGGCCUGGCGGAGGGUCCUGGUGGAGUCCAAGGUGACGCUGGCGCUGGGGGGCAUCGCGGUGGUGCUGGGCGCCGUGCUGGCCGCCAUGGGGCUGCUGGCGCUGCUGGGGCUGCGCUCGUCCCUCAUCAUCAUCGAGGUCGUGCCCUUCCUCGUGCUGGCCGUGGGCGCCGACAACAUCUUCAUCUUCGUGCAGGAGCUGCAGCAGCAGUCGCAGCCGGAGCCGGGCGAGACGCGGGAGCAGCACCUGGGGCGGGUGCUGGCACAGGUGGCACCGAGCAUGCUGCUCUGCAGCCUCUCCGAGACCGUCUGCUUCCUCUUCGGUGCCCUCUCGUCCAUGCCAGCCGUGCGGACCUUCGCCCUGACGGCCGCGCUCGCCAUCGCGCUGGACUUCGUGCUGCAGAUGUCGGGGUUUGUGGCGCUGGUGGCGCUGGACAGGCGGCGACAGGAGGCCGGGCGCUUCGACCUCUGCUGCUGCUGCGGGGAUGGCAAGGGGGGCACGGCCGGGGGGGGCCGGGGGCUGCUGCGCCCCCUCCUCGAGCGCUUCUACACCCCCGUGCUGCUGCACCCCCUGGUGCGGCCCGCCGUGGUGCUGCUGUUCCUGUUCCUGGCCUGCGCCGGGCUCUUCCUGCUCUUCCACGUGUCCGUGGGGCUGGACCAGGAGCUGGCACUGCCCGAGGACUCGUACCUGCUGCCGUACUUCUCGGAGCUGAACCGCUACCUGGCCGUGGGCGUCCCCACCUACUUCGUCACCACGAGCGGCUUCGACUUCUCCUCGGAGAACGGCACCAACGCCGUGUGCUCCAGCGCGGGCUGCGACGCCAACUCGCUGACGCAGACCAUCCAGCUGGCCACGCGCUUCCCCAACGCGUCCUACCUGGCCAUCCCGGCCACCUCGUGGCUGGACGACUUCCUGGACUGGCUGAACCCCACGGUGCGCUGCUGCCGCAUCUACCAGGCCGGGGAGCACAAGGGCGAGUUCUGCCCCUCCACCAGCACUGAGCCCAGCUGCCUCCUGGGCCAGUGCCUGAAGAAGGUGCGGCGCCCCACGGCCGAGGAGUUCCAGCGCUUCCUGCCCUGGUUCCUGCAGGACCGGCCCACGCUGCAGUGCGCCAAGGGUGGCCUGGGCGCCUACGACACCGCGGUGAGCAUGGACGCCAACGGCACCAUCCUGGCCACGCGUUUCAUGGCGUACCAGCGCCCGCUGCGCACGUCCCAGGAGUACACGAGUGCCCUGCGCGCUGCCCGCUCCCUGGCAGAGCGCAUCACGAGCACCCUGCGCGCCGUGCCCGGCACCGACCCCGCCUUCCGCGUCUUCCCCUACACGGUGACGUACGUGUACUACGAGCAGUACCUGACGGUGGUGGUGGAGGGGCUGGUGACGCUGGCGCUGUGCCUGGUGCCCACCUUCGCCGUGUCCUUCCUGCUGCUGGGCAUGGACGUGCGCUCCAGCCUGGCCACGCUGCUCACCAUCGCCAUGGCGCUGCUGGGCACCGUGGGCUGCAUGGCGCUCUGGGCAGUGCCCUACAACGCCGUGGCACUCAUCAACCUCGUGGCGGCCGUGGGCAUCUCGGUGGAGUUCGUGUCCCACAUCACCUGCGCCUUCGCCCGCAGCCGCCAGCCCACGCGGGUGGCACGAGCCGCUGAGGCCACUGCCACCAUGGGCAGCAAGGUGGUGGCGGGGGUGGCCAUGACCAACCUGCCGGGGGUGGCCGUGCUGGCGUUCGCCAAGGCGCGCCUGGUGCGCAUCUUCUUCUUCCGCCUCAACCUCAUCGUCACCGCGCUGGGGCUGGCACACGGCCUGGCGUUCCUGCCCGUGCUGCUCAGCUACAUCGGGCCCGCGCCGCAGGUGCCAGCGGGGGAGGACACGCCGGGGGACACCGCGCAGGGGACAGGGCUGGGCCUGGGCAACCCCUGCUUCAAGGACAAGGACAAGGACAAGGACAAGGACAAGGCCAAGGACAAGGACAAGGGGCCCAGGAAGGGCUGAGCCCCCCGCGCCCCUCCCCCCUCUCUAUUUAAACUGGUUUUGUCACAUCCUGCACUG